CGCAACAACUUGUACGAAAAACAAUUAUUUAAACAGUUUAAAACGUAUCUAUUUAUAUUUAUAAAGCAGUGUAUAAUUUCAGCUUUAAUUGUUGCUUAGUGUUUCGUAGUUUUAGCUGUCAUUUUCCAAAAGAAAACUCUUAUUGUGAUACGUCCAAUCAAGGAAUUCGAAUACGGAAGGAAAAUGGCGGAUCGCGAGCCGCGCGUUUCAUUUCGAAUAUAGAACCUAAUCGAUAUCUUAGUUUUAGUUCUUUAUUCAAAUCUGUUUUCGGAUCGAGAAUGUUAGUGAGGACUUUGAAUUGAGCUAUUUUGUACGCGAGUGGUGGGACGUUUAAAAUCGAUAUUUCGGCGAUGUCGGUUUGAUUCAAGGGUAGUUUUACGCUGUCCUCGUUCGUAGACUGUUGUACAUGUCACAAAAGAAAGAAGAGGAGUAGACUGGCGUCGGUGGAGGUCGACAUGACGACGGAAACUGCGACGCCGAACCAGGCGGACGCGAGCACCGCGUUCCUGCGGGCUGCGCGCGCCGGCCAAAUCGAAAAGAUCAUAAGUCUCCUAGAACAGGGCGUUGAUAUCAACGUUAGCAAUGCUAACGGUCUAAACGCCAUACACCUAGCUUCCAAGGAUGGGCACGUGGAGGUGGUCCGAGAGCUGCUGCAGCGCGGUGCAGCAAUCGACGCUGCCACGAAGAAGGGCAAUACAGCGCUGCACAUCGCUUCGCUUGCGGGGCAAGAGGCAGUCGUUAAGUUGCUGGUGCAGACUUCAGCACAGGUCAACAUCCAAUCCCAGAAUGGCUUCACACCAUUAUACAUGGCUGCACAGGAGAAUCACGAUGGUGUCGUGAAAUUCCUGCUUGCUAAUGGAGCCAACCAGAGUCUUGCUACUGAGGAUGGCUUUACCCCCUUAGCCGUGGCUAUGCAGCAAGGCCAUGAGAAGGUGGUGGCAGUUCUCCUAGAAGCUGACACCCGCGGCAGGGUGCGCUUGCCAGCGCUCCACAUCGCUGCCAAGAAGGACGAUGUUAAAGCUGCUAAUUUAUUACUUGAGAAUGAACACAACCCCGACGUGACUUCGAAGUCCGGCUUCACUCCGCUGCACAUUGCUGCUCAUUACGGCAACGAGGCAGUCGCCAGACUGCUGCUGGCUAAAGGAGCUGAUGUCAACUGUGCUGCUAAGCACAACAUCUGCCCGCUGCAUGUUGCUGCUAAGUGGGGCAAGGAAAAUAUGGUGUCCCUAUUAUGCGACAACGGGGCUAACGUAGAGGCGCGCACUAGAGACGGGCUGACUCCUCUCCACUGUGCCGCCAGGUCUGGACAUGAGAGGGUCGUGGAGGCAUUGCUGGAUAGGGGCGCUCCUAUCACCAGUAAGAGUAAGAACGGCCUAGCCCCCCUCCACAUGGCGGCACAAGGCGACCACGCGGAAGCCGCGCGCGUGCUGCUGUCGCGCCGCGCGCCCGUCGAUGACGUCACUGUCGACUAUCUCACAGCACUGCAUGUGGCUGCCCAUUGUGGACAUGCUAAAGUCGCUAAAUUGUUGCUGGACAGGAACGCGGACGCGAAUGCGCGUGCUCUAAAUGGUUUCACACCACUGCACAUUGCCUGCAAGAAGAACAGGAUCAAAGUGGUGGAACUGCUACUCAAGUAUGGUGCAAGUAUCCAAGCCACAACAGAAUCAGGUCUGACUCCACUCCACGUGGCAGCGUUCAUGGGCUGCAUGAACAUCGUGAUCUACCUGCUGCAGCAUGAGGCCAACCCUGACGUGCCUACUGUUAGGGGAGAGACUCCUCUGCAUUUAGCUGCGAGAGCUAACCAGACGGACAUAAUCCGCAUCCUCCUCCGCAACGGAGCAGCAGUAGAGGCUAAAGCUAGAGAGAGACAGACGCCCCUACACAUCGCCUCUCGUCUCGGCAACGUGGACAUUGCAGUCUUGCUGCUGCAGCACGGCGCUGACGUUAGAGCUAUGACUGCCGAUCAUUAUAAUCCGCUGCAUAUUGCUGCUAAACAGCAUAAUCAUGAUGUUGCAGCGGCGUUGAUUGAGCACAACGCUCCACUCACGGCUACUACCAAGAAAGGAUUCACGGCACUCCAUUUAGCUGCUAAAUAUGGAAACUUGAAGGUGGCAAACCUCCUCCUAGCUCAUGGUGCCUCUCCCGACCAAGCUGGCAAGAAUGGCAUGACUCCACUCCACAUCGCGGCGCAGUACGACCAGCAGGCUGUCGCCACCACGCUCAUGGAGAAGGGGGCUGAUGCUAAGGCUGUAGCCAAGAACGGGCACACUCCUCUCCACAUAGCGGCUCGCAAGAAUCAGAUGGAGACGGCAGCCACCCUGCUGGAGUACGGAGCCCUGACCAACGCUGAGUCCAAGGCUGGGUUCACGCCUCUACAUUUGGCUGCUCAGCAGGGUCACACAGAAAUGUGCUCCCUUCUCCAAGAGCACGGAGCUGAAGUAGACCAGCAGGCGAAGAAUGGACUGGCAGCGUUACACCUGGCAGCUCAAGAGGAUCGAGUGCCAGUCGCUCAACUUCUCGUCAAGAAUGGAGCUGAGGUGGAUAUCUGCACUAAAGGCGGGUACACACCGCUGCACAUCGCCAGUCACUAUGGCCAGGCGAACAUGGUGCGGUUCCUGCUUGAGAACGGCGCGUCUGUUAAAGCUCAGACUACACAUGGAUAUACAGCGCUCCACCACGCCGCUCAGCAGGGGCACAUUAACAUCGUCAACAUUUUGUUGGAACACAAGUCCGAUGCAAACGCCACUACCACGAAUGGCCAAACUCCUCUGGACAUAGCUUCGAAGCUCGGCUACGUGACGGUCAUGGAGACACUCAAGGAGGUGUCAGAACCAUCCAUAGCACCUGUCUCCCAGGAGAAGUACAAGGUGGUGGCUCCAGAAACCAUGCUGGAGACCUUUAUGUCGGAUUCUGAAGAAGAAGGAGGUGAGGACACAAUCCUCAACGACCAGCCAUAUCGCUACCUGACAGCAGACGACAUGAAGUCUUUAGGAGACGACUCUCUGCCUAUCGACGUGACUAAAGACGAAAGGACCGAGUCUGCUAUGAGUCAUAAGAAUAUUAUGGAAUUGUCACAAGGCUCAGUGAACGGCAUGCCAUACCAACCACAACAAGAAGUGGUGGUGAAGAGCAUCAGCCGCUACAGCACUGCGCAGGCGCCUGAAGGGUAUUGCUACAAUGUGGAUCCUACGCAACCCAAGAAAAAACUGCAGUGGAAGAACUUCCUAGUAUCGUUCCUCGUAGACGCGAGAGGGGGUGCUUUACGCGGUUGCCGCGGGGGAGGGGUGCGGGUUAUUGUGCCCCCACUCUCUGCACAACAGCCUACUAGGAUUACUUGCAGGUACUUGAAGCCAUCCCGCAUCAACCACAUGCCGCCCUUGAUGGAGGGAGAGGCGCUCGCAGCCAGGGUCCUGGAGAUGGGACCUGUCGCUGCUAAGUUCUUAGGACCAGUGAUCCUAGAAGUGCCCCACUACGCCUCCCUCCGUGGCAAAGAGCGUGAGAUCGUCAUACUGCGCUCAGACAACGGCACCAGUUGGAGGGAACAUAACGCUGAUGCUACAGACGAUGUAGUACAGGACAUCCUGCAUGAGACUCUUGAAAUCGAAGAUACGAACGAAGACGAAAAAGGCUGGGAUGCUCCCCGCGUCACUAGAAUCCUGACACAUGACUUCCCGCAGUACUUUGCUGUCAUAUCUCGUAUAAGACAGGAGGUGCACGCUAUUGGACCUGAAGGUGGCAUGGUAUCCAGCUCAGUGGUCCCACAAGUACAAGCCGUAUUCCCUCAAGGCGCCCUCACCAAGAAAAUCAAAGUCGGCCUACAGGCACAAAUAAUCGAUUCAGAACUUACUGCAAAGCUACUCGGUCGCGGAGUAGCGGUAUCGCCAGUAGUUACUGUAGAACCGAGACGAAGGAAAUUCCACAAAGCAAUCACCUUGAGUAUGCCAGCUCCUCGUCCUCAUACCCAGGGUAUGACGAACCAGUACAGCACAUCUUCAGCUCCAACGUUAAGGCUGCUCUGUUCCAUAUCAGGUGGAACGAAUCGUGCGCACUGGGAAGAUGUUACUGAGAAUACUCCUCUAACGUUUGUGAACGACUGUGUUUCGUUCACAACUACUGUGUCGGCUAGAUACUGGCUGAUUGAUUGCCGACACGUUGAGGAUGCUACCAAAAUGGCAACAGAGCUAUACAGGGAAGCAAUCCACGUGCCAUUCAUGGCCCGUUUCGUGGUGUAUGCCAAGCGCACUGAUGAAUGUCAGGCGCAGCUCCGCAUGUUCUGUGUCACAGAUGAUAAGGAGGACAAGACCUUGGAGCGCAUUGAGCGGUUCAUACAGGUUGCUAAGAGCAGGGAUGUUGAGGUCCACGAAGGUAAACCAGUGUACCUAGAAUUUGGAGGCAACUUGGUACCAGUAGCGAAAUCAGGAGAACAGCUGUCGAUACCGUUCCGUGCGUUCCGGGAGAACCGCGUGGCCUUCCCCGUCAUGAUCAAGACGCAAGAUCUGGAGCCUAUCUGCAGGUGCCAGUUCAUGAGGGACCCGAAGGUGCCGAAGGGUGAACCUUCGCCGGCUCCUAUCGCUGUGCUCAACAUUAUGGUGCCCGAUGAAGAGAGGACUUCUCCCAUCCCGACAGAAACUGUGCCCAUGCGCACAGAGGAACAGGAACUCAUUUGGAGACAGAGGCUUAGCGAUCCAAGACUGGAAGACAUCUGCAAUCUCCUCGGCAAGGAUUGGGUAGCGUUGGCCUACGAGCUUGGAGUCAGCGUGGCCACCGUCAACCAGAUCCAAGCCAAGAGGAUCACGGCGGCUGAGCAGGCGCAGCUCAUGCUGAAGCUGUGGAAGACGCAGUCGGGAACUAAGGCCUUAGAUAAUGCACUGGAGCUGGCGUUAUGUCGUAUCGGCAGAGAUGACAUCAUUGCUCCACAAUCAGAAUUGACAAAUGAACGACGAAUCCAACGAAAUAUUUACCAGGAAAGACAAGCUUCUGAAGAAAUCGAAGCUUACAAAGCAGAAGAAGACAAUAAACUCAAAGAUAGGAUAUACGAUGAAGAUCAAAUAGCUGAACAUAGAGAGUCUGAGCACGAUCAGGAUGAAGCCAAGUAUUCGCCUGAGGAGAAGUCCAUAGUUGAAAAGAGUGAAGUUGAGAGAACUCCUACACCAAGCGAAGAUAGUGAGGAAGACGAAGACGUGAAACGCAGUGUAGCGGAAAGAAAAGAACAAAUAACGAGAAAGUUGAGUUCUAGCAAAAUACCUGCCUCAAAACAGAAGAAAGAAAUUAGAGAAGAAAUUAUUGAAAUUAAGACUCAAAUAAAACCGGACAUCAAGAAGUUCCAGGAUAUAGAACAACAGGUAAUGGAAAAAGAACCAAAAUUAGAAAGAACACGAUCAAAAACUUCUCCUGACACGGUUGAAGAAGAAAAAGAUGUUGACGUCCAAGAAGUUGUAGAAGUGAAGAAGGAAGAGCCUAAGCCAGUAGAACGGCCAGUCGAACAGUUCAGAAAGUUCGAUCCGUCAUCACCAGCCAAGCCAACUCCUAAACAUUUACAAAGACAUAUGAGAAAUGAGUCAAUGAGAUUCCCAUCAGGAGAUUUCUCCAACGUUACCAUCACUCCAAGAAAGUCAGUGACUGCUGAAACUACUGAAGUGAAGGUGACCGAAACGAAAGAUACUUUUACGAAAGAAGCGAUUUCCCAAAAAGAGAUCGUCACAUCAAGAGUUGAAGAGAAAUUAGAUGAUGGUGAUAAGUCUCCCGAUUUAGUUGUGGAAGAAGAAAAAGAUAUAGCUGAAGCUCCAUUAAAAGCUAAAAUUAGCUCUUUCGAAUCAAAAAUGUCAAAAGAAUCCUCAGUCGAAUUACCCAAGACUACAGUAAAAUUAACAAAAGAAGCGUUGAAGAAACAUACAUUAGAACAAGAUCAGGGUAUUGAGUACACUCAAGAAUUUGUAAGAGAACAGUCCAAACAAAUAUCUAGUAUGGAAACUCAUGUAACUCACAAAGUAUCUGUCGAGACUGAGAAACAGGUUGAAACGGUAAAAUCUGUAAAAGAAACGAUACAACAUUUCGAUUCCAAGAUAAAACUAGAAGAAAAAUCCAAACCAUAUCAUAAAACAAUGAGAACUGACUCUACUUUAGUACAAGUAUCUUCAGAGGAAGACAGCGAGUUUUUGAAGAAGUCUACUGACUCAGAAACAGAGACUGAAUCUCAAACUACCGUCAAGGUAGACAAACUAGAACAAAAAAGUAAAUUUAAAAUUGAUAGAGACGUUUUUGAUAAGAAGCCUGAUGGCACGGGUGUGCCUAAAGACGCCAAAGAUAAAAAAGAUGAUGAAGACAAAAAAUCUGGGGAUGAUGAUACGAAAGAUGACCAACCUUCGAUCAUGAGAGAGCAGAAGUUAGAAAAGCAACUUACUCAAGAAUUACGAGCCAAAGUCAGUGAAGAGGAGAUCACGGAAACUUUGGAAGAAAAAGACGUUUCUGUAAGUGAAACAUAUUCUAGAGGUAGAGAUAAGGUCGAACAGCAAAUAUCGGUGACGAGUAUAAAAUCAGACCUAAGCAGACACACUAAGACUGAUUCCAUGGGUUCUGAAGCUACUGACAUGGUUAGUAAACUGACAUCCCAAGAGUCGCCAGCACAAUCAGCCAUUGACAAGGCUGAUUCAUUGGCUGACAUACAACAGAGUACAGAGAAAGAUUUCAGCUUUGUCUCACAAACUGAAUCUAAGGUGUAUUCAAAGGAUUCCAAACACCGCAGUGACUCAUUAGACGAGGCGUCACAAUUCUCAGACUUGGAUGACCAGAUUGGUACAAGUCCAGCUCACAGGCCUCACAUAGACAAAGAUUUAGAACAAACCAUAACCAAAACUGAAACUAUUACUGUAACUACUAGUCUAACAGAUAGAAAAGAAACUAGAGAUCAAACUUUAGAAUUUUUGAAGUAUGAAAGUGAACAUAGUUCGCAAGUUCUUGAAUCUGCUUUAGCGCCAAAGGAAGCAGAAAAGAUAUCACCAAAAGAAUCACCAGUCAUAAGUGCAAAAGCGCGACAAUUUAUUGAAACAGUUCCAGAAGACGAUUCUGUACAAGAAUGUUUCUUCUCGAAGCGUAUCUAUUCUGACUCCUUAGAAGACUCAGAGCAUACUGACUCAAGACGACAUUCAGAAGCUGAGUCACUAAAAUCAGACCAGUCUGAUGUGAAGGCUAAAGUAUCUUCAUCUGAUUUUGAUGAACGAGCAGAAUAUGAAGAAACUAUUGACUCUGGAAGUGGAUUUGGAGAUGAGAAAUUCGAAGAAAGUGUCGGCUUCACUUCUAUGAGAAUCGAUCCUAAAGUGGUCGACCUUGAAAAACAAGAUUCUGGGUCUGAUAAGGCCGAUGAGUCAGAACCCGUUUUCAAGAAAAUGACACCAAAACGGUCUCAUUCGAGAUCUGAAUCGAUUUCAAUAACAAAACUAAGCGAUUUACAACUCGACUUGGAACCUAAAACGAAACAUGAGUUCCAAAUGAUCGUGACCGAAGCUGAAGAAGUAGAUCGAUCAGACAAAGAUGAAUUAUCUGACAAAAUCUCUUCUGAGAGUAGCAGGGAAGUAGAAAUCUCUGACAGAAAAUCUUCAGAGGGUAUUUCAGAUAGAAUUAGUUCAGAAGAUGCUGUGACAGAAAAGAAGACUUCUUCUGAAGAGGAUGCGACAAGAGAACGUGAACCUGUAUUUGAACAUGGAAAAGAAGUAGUGACGGCUAUAAUUGAGACUGUAAGAGAACCUGAAACUGUUGAAAUGAGAACUCAAGUUGUGAAAGAUGAUGUAGCAGAUAAAGUUGACGCAGUGAAGCGCCAAUCAGUCACAUCUGCUGGUUCUGGAUCUGUCAGUGAGCUACGUUUAGAAGAAAAACGUUUAUCAGACGCUCACAGUCUGACUGAGUCCAGGGACUAUACAUUUGAAGAGUCCGAGGAUGACAUUGGAACUCAAGGAACUCACGUAGACAUGUCCAAAGAAAAGGUUGAGAUUAAACCUGAAAGUGAGACUAAGCCUAAGGCUGUCCCAAGUAAAGCGGAACAAUUAAAACUGGCUAAACUGACUCAUGGAGACUCAUUAGAUGACGUCGAAGGUUUCCCAGAAGAUCACGUUACUGAUUAUGUUCAUAAACUACCACAUAUUGCUGAAAUGGGUUCUGUCCAAGAUAAAGACCUCACAAGCGAUUUCUUGCGUAAAGAAAGAGAGGCGCAAUUGAAACGCGAAACUGUAAAAGUAGUAGCAACGGCAGUUACUGAAUCUGUAUUACCACAACAAUUAACACAAAUCACUAGUGAUGUGACCAUACCUGCACCGCUAGACAAAGUGGAAACUACCACUGAUCUAGAAUCUAUUUUACCCGAAAAAGUUACAAGUGCUGUAGUAGAGUCUGUUAAAUCGGAAAAAGUACUGACAAGUGUAGUACCCGAACCUACACAGACUGAAAAAGUUGUAACUAGUGUUGUAACUGAAACAGUGCAACCAGCAAAAUCUGUGACAACCGUCGUAACAGAAUCUGUCCAGCCAGAGAGGGUUGUAACUACUAUUGUUACAGAAACUGUGCAACCGGUAAAAGAAGUAAGAAUAGUUGAAACAGUUCAAUCAGAACACGAUCAACAUCCUAGAGAAAUCGUUUUUACCACAAGACAAACUGAAACUAGCUACACAAUCUCGUCUAAAGACGAACCAACUGUUGUAUCAGAAGUCAAGACUUUUAUCAAAGAUGGUGCUACCACAACGGUUGAGGAAAUCAUCGAAACUAAACAACAGGUGAUAGUAAGAGAAGGAAGUAAAUUUGAUGUAUCUAAAAUUAGAACUGAUACACUUGGUCACUUUGAUGUCGGAGAAAUAGAUCAGGCCAAGAAAUUUGUGCCCAAAGACUUAGAUCUAGAAGAAACUACCGAAAUUACAAAAGAACAAGUAAAACCGGUGAUUGAUGAUAUUCUACAUAAAGGCACUAUUGCUGCUGCGGCUAGGAGCCCUGUGCUAGAUAAAGAUAUUAAGACAAUUACUAAAGAAAUCGUAGAAACUGAGAAACGUUCCUAUGAUGCUAAAGUUCCUCACAAAGAGGAGCGAAGACAUUCCUGUAUUAGCCCAGCUAUAUCCCUUGAAAGGAUUGCUGAAUCUGAAGUUGAAACUGAGGAAGAACCUCCGAAACCAGUCAGCCUGGUAGCAGAGACACAAAAAGUAACGGAAAUAAAGACUGAAUUGAAAAAGUCAGACUCAGCUAUGAAACAAAUGGCUGAUAACAUAGAAAUAAUUAUAAAACAGGCCUCUGAAGAUAUUGAUCUUUCUUCCGAAGAGCAUGCAGCUGAUGACGAAACUCAAGAUAUCGCAGGCCGAGUAUCUGUUGAUUCUAUAAUCGAAGAAGCUGUGACGACUGUUGAAGGAUAUUUAGAUGAAAAAGAUGCAAAAGAACAGGAGAUUGAAGCUAAGAAAGAAAUUAUAUAUGAAGAAACUAAGAAAUUCGCUAAGGAAAGACCUGGCUUAAUCAAAUCAUUAUCAAGAGAUAGUGGUGAAAUUGUAAUCAUGCCAAAGAAGAAACACCCCAGAACAUUCUCUGUUCAAAGCUCUCCUGAAGAAGUUGAAGAGCAGAUAUAUACUGAUUCUGAAUCUGAUAUGGACAAAGCCAAAGUUCUAGAAAUUAUAGAACCCAGUUCAGAUAUUGAUGGCAAAACUCCUGCGUCUAGCUUCGAUACUAGGAAAAUUCGUACUGACUCUCUGGAUGACGCCGACGACUUCCCUGAAAAAGAGGCUGAAUAUUUCGGUGAGGAUGAUAAAUAUAUGGAAGAUGCACCUGAAUCAUUCCAGGCAGUCAAAUUUGAUGAUACAGCUGUUCAUAGCGAUAUGGCUGGUCCCAGCACUAGUUCUCUUCGUGGAUUAGAUGAAGACGACAAGUUUACUGAAAAAUUCGUCAAGAAAACUCAUUUUGUGGAUAGUCUAAUGCGCUCAGAUUUAGUAUCAAAAUCUACCACAGAGUCAUCGGUUACCACGGUUAUAUCGACAUUAACAAAAUCGUCAGAUGAAGAUCAGAAGUCUGUUCUUGAAGAUGGAACGUCUGCUGAUUUCUCUAAGAUCAGUGGAGCAGACUUAGUAAAAGAUCCUUCCAAAACGUCUAUGGAAGCUAAGGAUGAUUCUAAGUUUGAGGAACAAAUUGAAGACCGUGGUACUCCUGACUUGUCCAAAAAAUCUAUAGACUUAACGAAAGAUUAUUCAAAAUCCUCAAUUGAUAGCAAAGAUACUUCCAGAGACUUUGCUACGAAUGAGUUAUCUAAAGACUCUACUGUAGAUUUAACCAAAGACUUUUCGAAAGCUUCCGUAGAAAGUGUAAAGGAAACUUCAAGGUCCAUUGAUGAGAAAACAUUCUCUGAAGACCAUUCGUCUUUAGAUGUAUCCAAAACCCUAGCUUCUGACGCUUCAGAAGGUAUCACAAUAAGCAAAGAAUUUAUUGAAGAGGAGAGAUCAGUUUCAAGAGUUGUGAGGGUUUCCACAAGCUCGUCUCAGGAAACAUCCAUUUUAACGGAAAGCAAAUUAUUCAGUGAACAAGACGAAAAAUCAUAUGAAAGAGCAAAACCUUCCGAUAGAACUGAACAAGAUUUUAUUGGGGAAAUGGAAGAGAAGAUUGCGCAACUGCAGUCAGAAUUCAGAAAAGAAGAAGAAAGUAUUAAAGAUAUGGCUGAUUCAGAACCUGAAGUCAAGGUUGAGAAACAUGUUGUUACCAAAGAAAUUGUUGGUGAAGAUGGAGUAAAACGGAUUAUUGAAGAGACACAUGUGACAACAGAAACAGUUGAACAUAUAGUCAAAGAUAUGAAAGACCUUGGCGGAGACCAAAUUAAAAAAGAACUUUUAGAUGAUCAGGUUGAAGAUGCUGAUAUCCUGAAAGAAGCGAAAGACGAAGUGCCUGACAUGAAAGAGCUAAAUAGAAGGUGUUCUAAUCUUCUCGAAGACAUUUCACAAGGAGCUCUUAUUAGGAUCGACUCGACUCAUGUCACUCACGAUCUUGUUUCGAAAUUCUCCAAAACUCCACCACCGUCCCCAGUUGACCUGACCCUCAAAGAAAAAUCCAAAACCGACGAUGGUACUGGCGAAAAGCCUGCCGGGCUACAACCUAAAGGCUCCGAUUCGUCGUUCCUGGACGCUAGCCGUCAGUCACCAAGAGCUUCUUCAGCCGGAGACAGUGUCAUCAGCGAAACAGAAGCUCAUCAGAGUGAGGUACUGAUGGAAGCGUCUAAGGCACUCACUGCCGCCGCCAGGCCCAAGUCUCCAACUAAACAUGUAGCAGAUAAUAUGACUUUUGUUAAUGUCGAUCAACCGACCAUCACUAGUGGCGCUAUAGAACUUGUUGAUCGAACAAUUGAGAAAAGCAUAGAUGUCAUAGAUCAAAUUAAAAAAGAGCAACUUGCCGUUCAAAUGGAAGAAAUGCAGAAGUCCACGUCAAGUGACACGUUCUAUAGCGAAUCUAGAGUUGAAACUUCAUCUUCGUCAGUACAUAAAUCAUUUGAAGGUGGCGAAUUGAAGUUCCAAUCCAUUGAUCCCGAAGCUGUUAUGUCUGACAUGGUUGCCAAGUUUGGCACCAAAGAUGAGUACAGCACAAUUCUAACGCACAAGGAAACUGAAACACGAAAGAUUUCUGGCCAAGAAUUCUUUUCUGAAACGAAGCAAGUCUCAUCUUCAGAUGAUGACUCGCUAGUUAUUAAAACUGAAACAAAACAUGAAUUAAGAGGACAAGAACAUGAAAUGAAAGAGAAGACAGUCAUUCGGAAGGAAGGAGACCAAACAGAAACAUCACAAAAGAAAUUAGAGAAAGCUCAUGAAGCUACAGCAAAAAGAUCGGACACUGAAACAAAGACUGUUAGAAGUACAGAUGACGCAGACAUAAUAAAAGUUGAAAGAGAGUUUUCAGAACAAGGACUUUACACUGGGCGCCAAACCAAAUCUGAAGAAAAGAUGACUGCUAUUAAAGAUGAGACAAUCAAGAAAAAACAUGAUGUUAAAAUAUCCGAACGUGAUUUAUAUCAUGAACAAUGGGGAAAAGAAUAUUUCACGGAGCCAGGUGAAUUAGAAAAUAUCGUUGAAGAUGAUGAUAAGUCAAGAGUGGCUUUUGUUGAUUCUACACUUAAGAUUGUUGAGAAGGAUGAAGUCGUAUCUAGUGUAGAACUCUCUGAAAAGGGUAAGGUUGUAAGUUCAACAAUAGAACACCAUAAAGAAGAAUCUGUAAUAGAAAGCAAAGAGCAUGAUGAUCUUAGCUCUGAUGCUUCCCAUGCACCGAGUUUUAAGAGUGAACCAACUGGCAAACGAGAUUCUUCGGAGGGAAGCCCCAAAAGUAAAUCGAAGUCAUUUAAGAAAGACGAUGAGACAUAUGAAGUGAACUUUAUAAAGGAAAUCAAAGUAACUACAUCUCCAGUAAAGAGCACAUUCAGCCGAACUGGAAGUCAAGACACGCAUUCAGAAUCAGAAGCCGCACCUGAAUUACCUCAUGACGAUAGAACUGGAGACACGCCGAAAAAAGAGAAACUUUCUAAGUCUCCCAUAAAGUUACCGCAACAACAAAUUCAAGAUCAAGUUUGGGAAGUUUCUUUACAAAAAGCUGAUUCAUUUGAGGUAGCUGAUGAGAUACCAAAACCCAAAAUAACAACAAGUGUGGAAACGUCAAGUACCACCACAAAGAGUUCAGACAGUGACACUAUUUUAGAGAUCCGAACGGUUGUUGAAACAAGAACUGAAGUUACCAAAACAUCCAAAACUGACAUGUCCCCGAUAACAUUUGAGCUAUCUGAUGAGAUAAGUACGACAUCUAAAGACAUUAUGAUAAAAUCUGGUGAAAGCGUUGAUACGGAAUGUAUGAUAAAAUCCUUAGAGUCACAUGAGGGUGAAGUUUUACAGAAAUCUAUGGAUUCUACUGUAAGUGCUGAAACCCUCCAUGCGUCCGAAUUUUCCACCGAAGCUGAUUCGGCUUACUUAACAGGAACUGAUCAUAGACGAGAAGAAAUCAAACUAGUAAAAGAAAAAAGCCUGGAAGACAUUUGCAGUAGUGGAUACGACACAGAUCUCUCCUCUGCCGAGUUUCAUGCAACGAAACUCGAGUCAGAAAGGGUGGAUUACGAUUCACUCAUGUCUGCUCAACCACUAACCGACUUGUCAGUUUUGGAAAAAACUAUAGAUGAAGUCAAGCAGUCUCUUGAAGCAGCGCAAGGCGAAAUUAUUAGUGAGAAAAGUGAUGGAAGCAGUAAAUACAAACAGUCACCCUCAGAAUUCCAGUUUAAACUCUUGAUAAGUCCCGAUAGACCUGAAGUAAUAACUGAAGAACAGCAUGACGAUCAUGAUAAAACAAUUGUUUCUAAUGAAAAGGAACAUAAGGUACUGGAUAAAGUUGACAGCUCGUCACCUAAGGUAAGCUCGCAAGAUGAUACCACGACGUCUGAUGAAGAAAAGGACACUGUUCAUAUCAAAGAAUCGAGUCCACCAUUAGACAGUGCUGAUAUUUCAAUCAGAUCAGACAGUGGUCCUCACUCUAUUAUUGAGACUGAUAGUGAAAUUAUUCUUUACGACAGAGAUAAGUCAAUCAGUAGUCUCGAAGUUAAACUAAGGGAACAGAAACAUAUAAAAUCUAAAUUGGGCGUAGGUGAUCGGCGCUCAGCAUCUGAAGUAGAAGGGUGGUCUAGUUCAGGAGAAAGUCACUACCAUAGCUUUGAACAUUCAGAGAGCAGGCCACUAUCCUCCGAUAUUGAAGUAAUGAUGACCGCUCAAAGUGGUACUGAAUUCGAAACUGCCAUGACUAGCCAUGAUGUUUCAUCGCAAUCCUUGAGGACGUCUAAGGAUUAUUUCACAGCAGGCAGUUCACUUGCUUCUCGAGAUAGUAUGAAGAGCUUAGAUUCUGAUGGAUCUAGCCACGUAGCCAGUAUUGAUAUUUCUGAUGCUUCGGAAACUCUCGUACCUUCUGCUAAUGAGUUAAAAGAAGAACUAAUGGAAAGUAGUACGUAUGUUGAACAAUUUCUCCAUGAAGCAGAAAAAGAUCCGGAAAAGAUUAAAGACGUAAGUGAAGAGGAAGGGUCAGCCGAUGAGGAAGAUGGUAAAGUUGAUGUAAUUGAACCUGUCGGUAAGAUGAAGAGAUCACACGAAAUGAGAUUCCAACCUAAAGAUUUAAUACCCGAACAUUUUCCUACUGAAAGCGCUUCAGAGAGUGUAGAUAUUGAUGAAGAUUCUAUGAAAGACAAAGAUGGUUCUGAUACCACCAUUUCAAGUCAAUUGAAAACAGACGAGAUUUUAUCAUCGUCCAUAUCAAAGUUAGAUAUGCCAUCAUCUCAAUCAGAUUUAGACCUAAUUGAAAGUAAAGAAGUAGUAACAAAGGUAACAACGCAUUCACAGGAAGCUAUACCAUUCUCCGUUACUAAAAUAGAAAAACCCCAGAGAGAAUUUGUUGAUGUGGAGAGUGAAAUUAUUCCCGUUGGAUCUUCCGAGUACGAGGACAUCGUGAGGCACGGAAGCAUUACACCAGAACCUAAAAAAGUUUCGAAAGAAGAUGUUACUAUAACAAAGAAAACUGUUCACGAAUCUGAAAGUGCACCGGGCGGAGAAUUACAUGAAGUAGUUGAGGAAUGUCAAAAGAAAAUAGUAAAAGAAGUCAGUGUUAUUCCUUUCCCGAAAACAGAAAUACCACCUAGUCAAAGGGAGUUUGUUGAUAUCGAAGAUGAUAUUAUACCAGUUGGAUCCAAACAAUAUGAAGAAAUUCUGAAAUCGAACAGUGAUUCAUCUGUCCCUAAAACCAAAGUUGAAAAAUCGGUUGCCAAAACACCAGAUUCUCAGCUGGACAGCAAACAGACUUCAACGUCCAGCUUACAGACUCAUGACCAUCAAUCCCUUCAGUCUACACCUCAAACUCCAUUAUCUGCUCCAAGUCAAAGUUCCCUUUCUACAGAUAAUGGUAGGGAAUAUGUCCUAGAUGACAUGUAUGAUAUAUCAGAAACCCCCGAGCUUAGAUCAGAUCUAGCCGAUACUAGUAAAUCAGAAUUAGUUAUAACGACUGAAGAGAAAACACUACAUACUUACGAAAAAGAACAAGAGUCUCCCACUAGUGAUGAAUUUGAAAUGGUCGAUAAACCAAGUGAAAUGGAUGACUUUGUAGUGAUUGAAGAAGUAGCUAAAGAAGCCCAGGAAACCGACACUGAAGGGAAAAGUGUACAAAUAAAAAUGCAGAAGUUUGAAAAACGGCAUGACACAGAGAUUGAAGAAUACUUGUCUAAAACAUCCAAAAAGCAGGAUAGCACCAGCAGUGCAUCAGGGUCUUUAUCUGAUGAAGAACUAUUACAAUAUGAAUUAGAACAAAAGAAACUACAGGCUCAAGAAUUAGCAGAAAUAGAGGCUGGAAGGCGAUGGAUACAAAUGCAAUUCGAAGGUGAUCCCAGAUAUGACUACGAAAGAGUACCUUUAGAAGAUAUCAAGGAAGAGGAAAUGACUGAUUUCGAUGCCAGCAGAAUUGGCAGUUUGACUUCCCAAAAAGAGUCAAUAGGUAGUUACGGUAGUUUUAGAAAUUCGUAUGGAAGCCUAUCUGAAUCUGAGAUGGCAUCUCGAAUAAGGUUUAGGGUAAGAGGCGAUAAUGAUGAUAUUUCUAUCAGUUCAUUGCAAGAGUUUGAAAAUCUAGAGAGAGCGUUAAUGGAGCAAUACCAGCAACAUUCUUCAUCUUCUCAAGAAUCUCUCAACGGUUCUUUGCCAAGACGCUACAUUCUUAGUAGGAGUCAAGGUGAUGAUAUUUCAGUGUCAAGCUUGAAAGAAUUCGAAGGCCUAGAAUCAGCUUGUUUAGAAGCAUUGAGGGCUGAAAUACUUGCAAAACAAAAAGAGGCACUCCUAAUGGCCGAUCCAAAAGAAGUAAGUGGUAGUUUCUUGGAACGAGAGAAGCGAUCGUAUAGCGGAAGUUCGGAAAGUAGUCCUCCACAGAAAGGUGGUAGUCCUAGCCAAAAAAGUGGUAGUCCUUCUCAAAAAGGUGGAAGUCCUUCGCAAAAGAUAGGUAGCUAUGGAAGCCCAACACAAAAGGUUCUUACUGAAUCUGCUAGUAUAAGGAAACUGAUUGAUCAACAAAUGGCUAUUGAACAAAAAUUACAGCAACAGAUUACACCAAAAGUAAUUACCGUCAAGAAAUUCGAUGAUAGAGGAGCGUUCUUUGUCCCUGAACCCGAACCUGGCACAUCAGAACAAGAAGGUGAGACUUCAGGAGAAGUUACAGAAGAGUGCAAGAAAUCUUCAUCUUUUGUAUGCGCCGCAGCACCCAGUGACGGCUCUGCUGAAUCAAUACCAGGAGAUUGCGAAGAAAUGAUGAAAUUAUUAGAUCAAGAAGAGAAAACAAAAGAAAGUCAGGCGGUCACUAGAACAUUCACAGACGGUGGUGUAAUAGAAGUUGUUAGAACAACAACAGUUAUUCAACAGCGAUUUGUAGAUGGAAAGAAAGUAUCUGAAACUGUGUCUAGCACUGACGGUGAAGGUGCUGUUGACAUACCCUCCAGACAAAGGGCUCUAGAAGAAAGUGCCAUGUCUUAUGGGUCAGAAAUGUCCUCAUCUAUAACAUCUCAGCCUUCAGAGAUGGACAGUUUAAUGACAGUGCUAGAAAGGCAUACAGAUGGGGAAGUGGUGACUGUAACUCAUCAAACAAUAACGUUGGAAAAGCCUGAGGAUAUUGAGUUCUCGAGGGAGGGAAGUCUAGUGCGUGAGCUGUCGCCCUCCUCUGGGAGAUCGGUGGCUCACAGCGUAAUCUCGUUCUCCGGUAAACAAUUUACAGAUCCCGCUAGUGGCUCGUGGAGCGGCCAAGAUGAGGAGUUGAGCUCUUCUGGCAGUUUUAGCAGGGGCGCCCGCGCAGACCUGAUGCUAGGCAGCACAGACAGCCUAGAGGCGACCAGUUCCAACGCCACGCGCGCCACCUACAACUAUGAAGUCGACACGCCAAUGACUGGCAGUCUCACUUCUGGAGCGGUGCCCCCUCCAGGGUCAAAUACCAUGGUAUCAUCCCUGGACACGUUGGAUCCCAUCACGGCUGUCCAGAUGGAGAGCCUAGAGCACCAAUCCACUAGUGAACAUUAUUCUCAUGAUUAUGAAGUACAGGAGCCAGAUUCUGACACUGAACGAUUGGAGUUAGACAGCCGGACUCCUAGGGCUAAGGAACGUACGAUCAUGUUUGACAGUACCGACACACUCAGUGCUGUCAGUGGUGACGGUUCUGUCAAGGAAGCUGCUGUGGAAACACCAGCACCAACUUUCUAUAUCGGAGACACUCCUAUUAUGAGAGGAGAACGAAGAGAAGACGAAGACGGUCAACCAGCCCUUUCUGGAAGUGCUCCAGCAUCAUUACCAACUGCUACACAACCAUCACCGCCCAUUCCUGCUCAAAGAAGAUCAUUAUCAAUGCUCGCGAAAUCUCCUCCAUCCAGCCUUGAAGACACUAAGAAAUAAACGUUAACCUUGAUUAGGAUGACACUUUAAUGUGUCUAGAUGUUCACGCAUAACACUUUUAUUUCCUUUCAAGUUCCUAGCAUUUUGUAAGCUCUUACUAACUCCUGCUUAGGCAACAAUGCACCAAACGCUCAGAAUUUUAUUAACAGAACUUAGACUCCUUUUAUUAGUUUUUCGAUGUCCAGUUUCUUUUGAAACUUUAAUGGUUUUAAAUUACCUAUAUAUAAUGAAACCUAUAUCAAUGAUUACGAGGACCCAACUAUUAAAAAGUCUGAUAGACUUUGAUUCCUAUUCAUUAAAUGUGACAAAUAUCACCGACUGAGACUUGAAACUUUUAUUGGUACAAGAUAAUGAUAAAUCAUUAUUAAGGACUUGUGAGCUUUAAGCUCAAAUGACCCCAUAAGUAAGACAAACGAUGAAAACCAAGAAUUGACGAAACCCUAUACUGAUAAUACUCGGAAGUUUAAAAAAGAUUUGACGUAUUUUAAUUACAAACUUAUUGUACUCAAACUUUUCAAAGUAGACAAAUAUUUGACUCUGUACAAAGCGUCUGAUGUGAUAUCUCCUAACUAAACUGACUUGUAGCACUCGCAAUAAGUCCCGUCUGAGUAGUUGACUUCUAACAAAACAACAUCGGUACAUAUGGCAAAUAUUUGACCAAGCAUUGGCCAUAUUUACCGAACAUUUUGGAUACUAUUUUGGUACUCAACUUUUGUACUAAAGCGUCGGCGACGACACGGUCCAUCUUAUUUGACCUAUAAACCAAUAGCUUAGCCUUAGACAUCAAUAUGCUUACUCAUGAUGUUUAAUGUAGAAGUAUUACAUAUUUUAUAAGUAAACUAAGUAGGUAUCUGAGGAAGGAUUUUGAUAACGCAUUGAUUGGGAAUUCCGUUCACGUGAAAAUAGGCAAACUAUAGGAUCUACAUAUUCGAUUCUUGCACAAUUUCUUACGUAAGUAGAUAGAUAGAGAUACAAUAUAGGCUAAGAUUGCUGACUCUGCGGCCAACUGAAUUUAUUUAACUAGAGCGGCUGACAUGCGAUAGGAAGCAACCUGAAUGAAAAAAGUUUUGUCGAUUUUGUAUUUUCAUAUUUACCUCGUAGGAGAACCUAUUAUAAAUUAAUAAUGAUCUCUUCAUUUUCUAGUCACAUUAUAGUUUUUAAGCAAUGAUUUUAUUAAUUUUAGGGUUUCAAAUCUUAAUAUUCUUAUUUAAAUCUAGUCCUUUGAUUACAUUGUUUGAUCUUUUAUUUAUUCAUAGAUAGUUAUUUUAAGAUAAUCUUCAGUUUGUUGUUAUUGUUAUUUCCAUAUAAUUUAUUAGACUAAGAUUUGUAUUGUAUGUAAUUAAGAUUUGUAUAUCGAUUAAUAUGAAAACAUAUUGGUAAUCAAAUGUAGUAUAGAGUCGUAAUCAUUUGUCGUAAAUGUAUAAAGACGGUCGUAAUUAUCACGUGUGUUUUUAUAUUAAUUAAGCGUUUAUACAUUUCAGUUGGUCGUAGAUAAAAUUACUUCAAAGUUAGAGAAAUUUAACGGGGCUUGCUCACUUCCAAAAUUUUAUUAUUAUGGAUUACGUAAGAACUAUGAUUUAUAAUUGUGAUGGUAAUGCUAGGUUUUUGACCUGAAGUAACAUGUUUUGUAUGAAGUUUAGCGGCAGGAUAGCGUUUUUCAUCGACAAUACGACACUGUUAUAUUGAAUAGGUACUACAUUAGAGAAAUGGUGUCGUGUAAUCAGUUGUCGUAAUGUUAACCGAUUGUCGUAUGGUGUUUGAAGGUUAAAAGUCUUAAUUGAUAGAGUAUUUAAUCUAGAACUAUCGUCGAUAGACAUGUUAUGGGAUGAGACUGAGAAGAAAAAGUUAGAACCGAAGUGCUUAGCUAAAUACACUGCGAAGCUGAUUCAAAGCAAUUGAUUUUCAUAUCAGCUCUGAAGGUCCCUUUUAUGAUUAGUCGUAAGGGUUCGCUUAAUGUAACUAUUUAUAAAAAAAUAGUUAUUUUUUUUUUAAGUCUGUGUGCUUAAGAUGUCGAUAUUAAGAAUUUUAAGCUAGUCUACAGUUGCUAUGCUACAUAUAUUAAGUUUAAAAAAAAGAAUUAAGUUGCAAUGUUCAAUUGUUUCACGUUGUAUUUGUAAUAUUGCUGAAUAUUCUAUCGAUUAAAUAAUUAUUGAAUAUUAAAUAAAAACGCUAUGUCUCAUAUUUA